UGUUCACUCCGGCAUGCAAUACUCGCGCCCGGAGUAUAAAAAUGACCAAGACCAUUUUAUUGCAACUGAGUCAGUUCUCGUUGCUGAUAUUGAAACGUAAUCCAUUGCCACUGGACGACGAUGAAUGCACAGUUAUCUAGAAGUCGCGUUUCUAUGACGUGUAUGGUCUGACGUGUUUCCGAAUCGACAGCACUUACCGUAAGUAGGUCAUGAUAUCCUCCAUGAACAAUUCGCACACCCAGAAAAUACGAAAGAAAGGGAUGAAAGGGAGUCUACGAAAAAGAUGUUCUGAUGAAUGGAAGAAGUGGUCUUUGCGUGACACUUUGCAUGGAAUACUACCCAUCACACAAUGGUUACCAAAAUACAAAGCAAAGGAAUAUCUUCCAGGGGACAUCGCUGCUGGAUUGGCAUUGGGUAUCAUGAACAUACCACAAGGUUUGGCCUUUGCGAUGCUUUCAUCACUUCCUCCAAUCACAGGCCUUUAUGUUGCCUUGGUGCCUGUGUUUGCUUACGUCAUCAUGGGAACUUCCAAGCAUCUGUCUGUUGGUUCAUUUGCAGUGGUAAGUAUAAUGGUUGGCAAUGUAAUAGAUGCAAGGACAGCCGGUCAAACUACUGUUGCAUCACAAAUUGUUAAUGGAUCCAUGAUGAAUGAAUCAUCUUCAGCGAAUGAAAUUUCUGGAGGUUGGAGUGCAGAAGAUAGAGAGAAAAUUAUUUUAUCUGUUACCUUGUGUUUGGUUGUUGGAAUUAUGCAGACUGUCAUGGGAAUUCUCCGACUUGGAUUUAUAACGAUAUUUUUAUCUGAUCCUUUAAUAAGCGGGUUCACGACUGGAGCAGCAUGCUGGGUGUUUACAAGUCAGAUCAAGCACAUUAUAGCCAUAUAUCCAGAGAGAUAUAGUGGACCAUUUGCUCUAAUUAAGACCUAUAUCGACAUUUUUAAAAACAUUACAAGCAUCAACCUUACUUCGCUGAUAAUCGGGAUAAUAUGCAUUCUUAUACUUCUCGCUAUUAAACAUAUGAACGAGAAAUACAAAGACAAAUUGAAAUUUCCAAUCCCAGCCGAGUUUAUUGUGGUUGUCCUUUCAACCGGGAUCUCUUACGGGGCGAAAAUGAAGCAAAAAUACAACAUCUUGAUCGUUGAAUCCGUUCCACGUGGCUUACCUCCUUUGUCUGUACCGCGCAGUGAUCUUAUAACAGAUCUUGUUAUCGAUGGUUUUGUAAUUUCGGUCGUCGCUUUUUCAGUGAAUGUUUCACUCGCGAAGUUGUUCUCGCAAAAGCAUGGUUAUCCCCUUGAUGCAAACCAGGAGUUGUUGGCAUAUGGCGUGCAGAAUAUCGUGAGUGCCUUUUUUUCGUGUUUUGUGUCGGCCGCUUCCCUUGGUCGGUCGUUGAUUCAAGAAAACCUCGGUCGCACACAGAUAGCAAGUGUCAUAUCAUGUGCUAUAAUAUUGCUUGUCUUAACAGUGUUGGCACCAUUGUUUGAACCUUUGCCGAAUGCAGUUUUAGCAGCGAUAAUAAUCGUCGCGAUACGAAGGUUGUUCAAAAACUUUGCACUGGUUAAGGAACUCUGGAAAGUGAACAAAAUCGACGCCCUUACGUGGGUUAUCACGUGGAUUGCAGUUAUAUUAUUCGGGAUAGAUUUAGGCUUGGGUAUUGGAGUGAUAUUUCAAAUUCUGUGCCUCACGUAUCGGCUUUCCAAGCCAAGUUUGAGCAUACUCGGGAAGGUGCAUGGUAUGGACGGUGUUUACGACGACAUUAAUCGUUACGAGGACACAACGGAGCUUUCUGGUAUCGUUAUUGUACGUUUUCAGUCGCCUUUAUGUUUCAUCAACGCCGAAAGGUUCAAAGAAAAAUUGGAUGAAAACGUUUCUAAAAAAUACAGAAUGAAAAGAGCAAAGAGAAAAAGCAGAUACCCAAUGCUAAUUUCUGAUGAAAAAACGUUCACUGGUACCGGCUCAAAUAAUAGUAGGGAGUCUGGCGUGAGCAGUGCGGCUGUGGCAUCUUCUGAAUGUGAUGUGUCUUCAGUGGAUUAUGUUCAUUCUGUUAUCAUUGACUGCUCAUCUUUCAGUUUUAUUGAUUCGGUGGCUGUAACAACUCUAUCGCAGAUUGCUCUGGAAUAUGAAAGAAAGGAUGUAAAGCUGUAUUUAGUGAAUUCGUCUUACCAAGUUCUCAAAGUGUUGAAACUGAGUAGAAAUUUAUUUGAUGAUAGCAAGAGGAUUCAUAUCUUACCAGAUAUUUCUAACGCACUGCAUCAUGCUUAUGAAUGGCGACAUACGCAGCUUCUGCAUUUUAUGGAAGAUGACGAUGGAGCAUCUGAAGUUUGAAAUAUGUAUUAGCGUCUUCAAGGUGACUCAUGAAAUGUACUUUGGCACAGUCGCAAAUAUCUUAUAAAUAACUGAAAUAUAUACAAGAAAACCUCUUUGAAGAGAAAGACCUUGGCUUUUAUUUAUACAUACAUAUAGGAUGAAUAUAAAAAAGCAAGAACUAUAUAAUUCAUAUAUAAACAGAUGAUUGCUAAAUUUCAUUUUAAUGCCAGUGCAAUUAAUAAUACUUCUGGAAUUCAUGGCGUCUGAAUAUACUUUUUAAUAUCCCUUGUUUUUUUAAUAAUGAUUGAUAAGUGGUUAAGAUAUAAUUUUGGGAACAUUUAUAAUGAUCAAAUGUUUCAUGACUGAUGACCAAUAUCAUCGUUACAUGUAGGUCAAAACCAUUAAACCAAUACGAGACAUCACCAGUAUAACGUUAAUUUAUAUAGUUAGAUCCGGAAUUGGGAUAAUGUAGAAUAAUCUUUUAAAAACUGAAAGCGGAAAUUAAAUAGUCAGUUACGCUCCCGUGAGUUUUAUAACAAUAUAUUCCCAACUAAAU